UCGUCCCUACGGCGUACAAACAAGACCACAACGACUCCUGUCUGCCUCCUUUCGUCUUCCCCCAGCUGCGUUCCUACUUUACCUUCACGACAGCGAAGCUCUUCCGCCGCCCCUGCUCACCCCGCGAUGGCCGGCGGCACGAGCAUCCAGGUGACGGCGCUCGACGGCGUGGUGAACGUGAACUCCCUCUUCACGUUCGCCGUCUUCGUCGGGCUCGCCUGGAACCCGUGGGACCCGAACAACACCCUCAACCGGGACCCGCGGUGCGCCCCCAGCUCCGCCGUCAAGCGCGACCUCGUCACCUACCACGUCUACUCCUUCAGCUCCUUCCUCUUCUCCAGCUUGGUCGCUUUCGGCCUCAAGCAGGCUAUCCGGAUCACGGGGUCUCCGAGCUACCACCCUGCGGAAACGAUCGCUCGGAUCAAUCGAAAUUUGCUGCGGGUCGGGAUGUUGGCGUCCGGAGUCGGGUCGGUCGCCGGAUGCUUGUGCCUGAUGCUGGCCCUGGUCAAUUUAGUUCAGAUCAAGCUCGGGACUCUAGCUUGCGGGAGCACGCACAGCUUUGCAGCCGUCGUGCCGCUCCUGAUUUUCGUCCCCCUGGGGCUUUUCGUAUAUGUAUCGAUUGUCUUGUAUGCUUUUACUCGGUAGGGUUUGGAUUAGUUUGUCGUAGUGUUGGAUAUGGAUUGGACAGAGUAGGUGGCCCUUGGGGGAGUAGAUCCUCCUGGAUGUUGUGAGAAUGAGGUCGAGUGAUAUGGCUUGAUACCGAGCUGAUAGUGUCCUUUCUAUUCUUGACGACUACUUAAAUGUAUUAGAUGCAAUUGCUGAAAUGCGGAAAUCGACUGCCAGUUAUGCUUCUGUUGAUUCCUCUAAUCAAUUUCCAUCCGGAAUCUUGUGUGGA